UUCUUCUUCUCUCCUUUUGGCCACAAUCGGACAGAAGAGCUCCAAUGGCGGUGGUUUCAGUUUCUACUCUCUCUUCUUCCUUCGCAUCUCUCUCUUUCUCUUCAAAGAUUUCACAAACCUCAAUUUCCUUACCGUCCAAGGCCUUCCCCUCUUUGAGUGUGGUCACAGUUCCGAAGCUCCGCAUUGUCGGCUCAUCAGCAACCCUAGCUCCGCUUGAAGAUUUGGAGACGACGAACCUCGAGAAGCUCGUAAAGUCAAGACUUCCUGGAGGCUUUGCUGCUCAACCGAUAUGGGGCACUGGUCGCAGGAAAUGUGCUAUCGCUCGUGUCGUUCUACAGGAAGGAAACGGAAAUUUCAUCAUAAAUUACCGUGAUGCAAAGGAAUAUCUUCAAGGGAACCCACUAUGGAUUCAGUAUGUAAAAUUCCCACUAUUGGCAUUGGGUUAUGAAGGAAACUAUGAUGUGUUUGUGAAGGCCCAUGGUGGGGGUUUGUCUGGUCAAGCUCAGGCGAUAUCACUUGGAAUUGCGCGGGCAUUGUUGAAGAUCAGCGAGAGCCAUAGACAGCCGCUGAGGAAAGAGGGACUUUUGACCAGAGAUUCGAGAGUGGUGGAAAGGAAGAAGGUUGGGCUUAAGAAAGCUAGGAAAGCACCCCAGUAUUCUAAGCGUUGAGUUGAGAUCAUCAUCUAUUCGAUUAGAGUCAAUCCUCUUCUUUUCCUUUUGGUGUGUUUUUCUUCUUUUUUUGUUUCUGCAUAUUGAUUACAUACAUGUAUUUGAUUGACCUGAAAUAGUUGUAAUCCAUGAAGAAAAAUGAUUUCUUUCUUUUUUUUAUAAUCUCAAGAUUUCCCCACUAUGUGAA